UUUAUUUUAUGUGGCAACACUGAUAAGUUGUUAAAUUGCUCAUUUAUUUUAACCUUUUGUUUAUUUUUCUUGUUACAUGUAUAUAAUUUUAUUUAAAAAGUACUUACCUAAUUAAUGCUACAGUUUAUUAUUAAAAAAUAUGGAAGACACUUCAAUUGCUUACAGUGACGAUAGUGUACAUUGUUAUUUUUACUCUUCGUUAUCAAAAGUGGACGCAUCCUAUUGGGAAAGAUUAUGCGAGAACAUUAACAAAACAAUUGUAAUUUUGUCAGAGGAUCAUAUAUGGCAUAGAGAUGAAUUUAGAGUGCACAUCCCAUUACAUGAUAAUAGCCAUGGAGGUAUUCCUUUCCAUCUUGAAAGUUCAACUUGCUUCGGAGACAAUAUUGAAGAUGAGUGGUUUAUAGUUUAUAUUGUGUUGGAAAUAACAAAACAGUUUAAAGAUUUGAUUGUUCAAAUUAAGGAUAAUGAUGGUGAAUUUUUGCUCAUAGAAGCUGCAGACCAUUUACAAUCUUGGGCAAAUCCCAAUACUACGGAAAAUAGGGUUUAUAUUUACAGAAGUCAAAUCCACUUGAUACCUGAUACAAUAAUAGACUUGUCUACUAAGGUAAAUGUAUCAGAUGCAAUAAAAAUCAUCACUAAUGAGACUGAACAAACUAGAGUUUCUUCUGAAAUACAUCAAUCAAUUUUAAAUCGUAUUAGCGAGUAUCCUCAAAAAAUUAAAGAAAAUCUACAUAGAACAGUGGUAACUUUGCCUCUUGAUAUUGCUGCUCUGUUAAUUUUAAAACCCUCUCUCAUAUCAGCAAUUGUUAAUGCAUAUUGCUCACAUGAUAUGAUUGAUGUACAAGUAUGUAAAAAUAUACAAUUUGAUAAUUGUGUAACUACAGAGAUAACUUUUACAAAAUGUUUAUAUGCAAUGUUAAUACAUUCUAAAUUGAUAAACAUAACAAAAUGUAUAAAAAUAAUUAAUAAUGAUAAAAGGUCUUUAAUAGGAUUGAAAUUAGCAUGUGGAUAUGAAAUACUUACAAGAAAUGUUUCAAAUGAUAUUUUUUCCUCAAAAGGUUAUUUGAAUUUUUUAAAUAAUUUAAAGAGAAAUGGCUAUUUUAAAAAUAAUAUAGAAGGAUCAAAAAUGUAUACAGAUUUAUUAGACAAGGCUAAAAAUUAUUAUAAAUGCAUGGAAUGUCCAAUAAAUACAUAUUUGUCGAGCCAAAUAUUACAGAUAAUGUCUACUACAAAUUUUUUAAAAAUAAAAGAAACGUUAAAACAAUUUAAUAAAGAAGAUUAUACUGAAGACAAUGAAGAUUGGUUAAAUAUUAAUCCAGAACAACUUAAUGAUCUGUUAAAUUCACGUUAUGGUAAACAAACUAAAUUGAACAGUGGUGAUAUGAUUUCAUCUCAGACAAUAACAACUAAAUUAAAAGACUUUCUUAAACAGACAUCAGAUUUUGAAGGAGUCGAGCCUACCAUAGACAUAGAUGAGAACAAACAAGUAAUUGAUUUUGAUCCAGAUGAUUUUGUUAACUCUAUAGAAAAAAUGUUAAAUAUUAUUUCUAGAGAUAAAGAUAACAGUGACGAAAAUACUGACUUUAGUGAUGAUUCUGAUGAAAGUCUACCAAAUGAACUAGUAGAAAAAAAGAAAGAUCUCAAAAUGGAGAGAAAUAAUAUAGAAGAGAGAGAAGCAGACAAUACUUUUAUUAAUAUCAUAAAAAGUAUGAAAGAAGAAGAGGGUUCAUCUGGACCUUCUAGUAAUUUAUUAAGAACAGUGGGUAUACAUAAAAUGGAUUUAUUAGAUUCAGAUGAUGAUUUAAAUUAAAAGGUACGAGUAUUUAUGCAAGUAAUAUUGGAAAUAAAUAUGUAUUUGCAAAAACAUAAA